AUGUUUCCUCCAUCAUCAACUGGAUAUUUGGAUAUUGAGACAUUGAGUGGAAUAUUUGGCUCCAUUUCAAUCGCUUGCUGGGUGGUUGUUUUCUCGCCCCAGAUCAUCGAAAAUUUCCGUCGAGGAUCAGCAGAUGGCCUUUCCCUCCUCUUCCUUGUGGUAUGGCUGGCAGGCGAUAUAUUCAAUAUUCUCGGGGCAGUCCUUCAGGGGGUCCUGCCAACAAUGAUAAUCCUAGCUGUGUACUAUACAUUAGCUGAUAUAGCCCUACUUUCUCAAUGUUUCUAUUACAGGGGAUUUACUAUCUCUGACAAGCGCACAAAAUGCAACGAUGUUGGCAGCACAUUUUCAGGUGUUUUUGGGAGGGGAGAGGAAGAGGUGGAUAAUCCAUGUGCUCAUGGUCAGCCAUCGGCGCAUUCUCCCUUGCUGGCCAACGGCAACCAUCGAAUUCCCGAAACCGGACAUUUAACGGCUCAUGGACCUGAGGACGAACGUGGAGGUGAACAUGGCCCUGAACACGAACAAGAGCGGGAACUAGGAUUUCAUCACCUCCAUGACCACCUCCAUCGCCACCAAUCAACCUUUUUACUUUGCCAACAAAACUCCACAUUGGAUGGCACCCAUUUGUCCCCGACAGUGCCGCUAUUGGAUCCUGGUAAACAGACCCCGAUUGCCGCCAGCAACACCACCGCUGCACCCCAAGCACAACCCCACCAGCAUACCUCCACCAUACAAGUUGUUGCCUUUAACAUCUUCAGUGUUGCCCUCGUUUGUGCUGCAGGUGUGUUAGGCUGGUACGUCAGCUCAGGCUCGUCGCGGAGCAUGCGCAAAGACCGACUGCCAUCUGAUAGUGACUCUCUGAAGCUGGACCCAUUGGGCCAAAUAUUUGGCUACCUUUGCGCAGCGCUGUAUUUGGGCAGUCGGAUUCCGCAGCUCUUACUGAACUACAAGAGGAAAAGUACUGAAGGGGUUUCGUUACUUUUCUUCCUAUUCGCGUGCGUGGGGAACUUGACGUAUAUAUUGUCGAUAUUUGCAUAUUUGCCGCGGUGCAAAGGAAAACAUGGCAUUUGCCGGCCGGGUGAGCAGAGGAGAAUUUAUGCUAGGUAUAUUUUGGUGAAUGCAUCGUGGCUGUUGGGGAGUUUGGGCACACUUAUUUUGGACCUAGCGAUCUUUGUACAAUUUAUUUUAUAUAAGGAAAAGGACGCGAACGGCGAUUACGAGGAGGAGGAAGAAUGA